AUGGCGGGCAGUGACAAAGGGAAGAAAGAUAAUGAGCCUUCGGCCCAUGUAUCUGGACAAGCCAACGAGCCUCUUUCUGGUCUCCCUCACACUUUGACAGCCGACCAACUCGCAUCCGAGAUAGGAGCAGAUCUCCUCGACGGACUGCGGGAAACCGAAGCCAAAUCUCGUCUUGAGAAAUACGGCCCCAAUGAGCUGGACGAUGGCCCAGGUGUCAACCCGGCCAAAAUCCUGCUUCGCCAGGUUGCAAACGCAAUGACUCUAGUGUUGAUUCUGGCCAUGGCUGUCAGUUUCGGAAUCGGCUCUUUCAUUGAAGGUGGUGUUAUCACUGCCGUCAUUGUCUUGAACAUCACAGUCGGCUUCUUUCAGGAGUACAGCGCUGAGAAGACUAUGGAUUCUCUCCGCUCUCUGAGCUCUCCUACUGCCAAUGCUAUCCGUGAAGGCAAGAAUGUGGUUGUACCUACGGCACAACUUGUCUUUGGUGAUCUGGUUGAGGUCAAGGUGGGUGAUACAGUUCCCGCAGACAUCAGACUCGUCGAAGCCAUGAACUUUGAGACUGAUGAGGCACUUCUUACUGGUGAAUCUCUCCCCGUUGCAAAAGAAGCAGCUGCCACUUUCGAUGAAGAUACUGGACCUGGCGAUCGCCUCAACGUCAUCUACAGCUCUUCUACUGUCACUAAGGGCCGCGGUCGUGGUAUCGUCUUCGCAACUGGUAUGACCACAGAGAUUGGAUCCAUUGCAGCAGCUCUUCGUGGAGGAAAUUCUAAGCGAAGACAAGUUAAGCGCAAACCAGACGGGACUGCAAAGCCACAUCGUUACGUUCAGGCAUGGGCCCUUACAUCUACGGAUUUUGUUGGACGAUUUCUCGGUGUGAACGUUGGGACUCCACUUCAGAGAAAACUAUCGAAGCUCGCUCUAUUACUCCUUGGAAUCGCCGUUGUUUGUGCCCUGAUUGUAUUGGGAGCUAACAAGUUCUCCAACAAUACCGAGGUUAUCAUUUAUGCUGUUGCAACUGGGCUUUCCAUGAUCCCCGCUUCGCUUAUUGUGGUGUUGACAAUUACGAUGGCUGCUGGUACGAAGCGUAUGAUCAAGCGAAACGUUGUUGUGAGAAGUCUGGAUUCACUUGAAGCACUUGGUGGUGUCACUGACAUUUGCUCUGACAAGACCGGAACAUUAACUCAAGGUAAAAUGGUGGUCAAGAAAGCCUGGAUCCCCAGCAGAGGCACCUACUCUGUAGGAACUUCCGACAAUCCCAUCGAUCCCACCUUGGGCAACCUAUCUAUCAGCGAAAUCGAGCCAAGAAAGGAGAGUGAAGAUGAAAAGCAGGACCCAGAAGGCGUCGCGUUCGAGGAGCUUCUGAAGGACAACGACGACCUCGAGCAAUUCCUUACUAUCGCAGCCCUUGCCAAUCUCGCAAACGUACACCAGUCUGACGGCGAAUGGAAAGCACGCGGCGACCCGACGGAUAUCGCAAUCCAAGUCUUUGCUGCUCGAUUCAACUGGAACCGCUCUCGCUGGACUUCGGACGCCGAGGAUGCCAUCUGGAAGCAGCGCGCGGAAUACCCAUUCGACUCCACCAUCAAGAAGAUGUCCGUCAUAUUCGAGUCCGAAGACACGUCCAUGGUAUUCACCAAGGGCGCUGUGGAGAGAAUCUUCGAGUCCUGCUCUACCAUCAUUCUUCCCAGCGGCGAGACUGAACUCACAGAAGAGAUUCGAAACCAGAUUCUCGAGAAUAUGGAGGCUCUGGCGAGUCAAGGACUUCGCGUUCUGGCACUGGCCAGUAAGAAACUUCCAGGUCCCAUCGAUGAGCUCAAGGUCCCAGAGCGGAGCACUAUCGAAUGUGAUCUAAUAUUUCGUGGCCUUGUCGGACUUUACGAUCCCCCUCGCCCAGAGACUGCAGGUGCAGUCACUGCCUGCCACGCGUCUGGAAUCGCCGUUCACAUGCUUACUGGUGAUCAUCCAAGUACUGCUCGAGCUAUUGCACUUCAAGUCGGUAUCUUGCCCUCGAACAUGGCAGCUAUCUCUGCCGACAAAGCUGCAGCCAUGGUCAUGACAGCCGGACAAUUCGAUAAGCUUUCUGAAGAGCAGAUCGAUGCUCUGCCACUCUUACCUCUUGUUAUUGCCAGGUGCUCACCUACCACCAAAGUCAACAUGAUCGAAGCACUCCAUCGACGCGGAAAGUUCGCUGCUAUGACAGGUGACGGAGUCAACGAUUCCCCUUCUCUGAAACGUGCAGAUGUCGGUAUUGCCAUGGGUCUCGCAGGCUCAGACGUAGCUAAAGAUGCAUCUGAUAUUGUACUUACUGACGACAAUUUCGCCUCGAUCUUGAACGCCGUUGAAGAAGGUCGCCGAAUGUUCGAUAACAUCCAGAAGUUUAUUCUGCAUUUGUUGGCUGAAAACAUUGCUCAAGCUUGUACCCUACUUAUCGGUCUGGCGUUCAAGGAUGAUAGCCAGCUUUCCGUCUUUCCGCUCGCACCAGUUGAGAUUCUGUGGGUUAUCAUGAUUACAUCCGGUCAGUAACUUUCCGACAAAGAACAUGCUGCAUACAAUUUACUGAUAUCUUCAUAGGAAUGCCCGACAUGGGUCUUGGAUUCGAAGCCCCCGCACCAGACAUCAUGUUACGCCCACCCCACCCAAUGGAAGUCGGAGUUUUCGCCUGGGAAGUCAUGAUCGAUAUGCUCGUCUACGGGCUCUGGAUGGCCGCACUCUGCCUCUCAGCCUUCUCCCUCGUCCUCUUCGGGUUCGGCGACGGCAAUCUCGGAAAUGGCUGCAACGACCACUACUCUGCGGAAUGCGACACCGUCUUCCGGGCCCGGGCUACUACUUUCGUCUGUCUUACUUGGUUUGCUCUCUUCCUUGCGUGGGAGAUGGUUAAUAUGCGUCGCUCGUUUUUCCGCAUGCAGCCUAAGAGCACGAAAUACUUCACUCAGUGGGCUAUUGACGUUUGGAGAAAUAAAUUCCUCUUCUGGGCUGUCAUUGCUGGAUUCGUCACUAUCUUCCCUACUCUCUACAUCCCGGUCAUCAAUCACAAGGUGUUCAAGCACACAGGCAUCACCUGGGAAUGGGGCAUCGUCUUCAUCGAAGCCAUCCUCUUCUUCGCCGGUGUCGAGGCCUGGAAGUGGGCUAAGCGAGUUUAUUUCCGCCGUCAGGAGCUCAAGAGAGGUGGCAAGCAUGAUGAUCUGGAGAAGAAGGCGUUCGCGGCUUACUUUGAUGAGAAAUCUGAUUGACAUGAGUUGCCCAUUGGCUUGGGCUUACUUGUAUCAUGUCUUGUGGAAGGGUUGUUGUGGAUGUCGAUGUGGUGGGACGGAGCGUGUUGGUGUGGAGUCGUUUCGCAAUAUGGACAACGACUGAGAGAGAAGCAUGGGAACUUCGAAAGAGGAAACCGCCGUCUUCUUCUCGCAUCGGAGUCCUUUUCGGAAGGGGUUCUUUGGUCGCUCGAGGUCGACAACGAACUGUUUGAAUUCCAAGACUCAGCGCCUGGUGCAGAGACGACUUUUCUUUCUUUCAUUUUCGUUUUUCUACUCAUUUUCUUCCUCGUCAUUUUCCUUUCGAGUCUCGUGAACAUAAAAGUUACAACAGCAGUAGCGGUAGUAGUAGUGGCAUGCUCUCCAGCUCUGUGGAUGCUUCCCUCCUUUGAUAGGGAAACAUCCAUCAAUAACGGAGAGGGAGGUGGAAGUGGAUGUGGGAGGGAGGAGAGAGACUUGCUACUAAUUGAUUUACAGGGCUUUACAGAAAGAUUGAAAACGCAAAUACAAUGGAAUACAUACCAAAUAUUGACUUUGAUACUUGAGUAUGUGAAAACGUGACAUGAUAGUGGCGAUGGGGGGGGGACUCGCUGAGUCUCCAGUACAGUGAGGAU